UGACAAGCAUUGAGGUAACUUUUAAGUUUUGUAAAUUCGUCCGUCACCCUCACCGCUACGAAUCGAUUUUGCUGCGCAUGAUAGAGCACCCGACCUAAUCUUAAGAUUUUAUUUUAAGAACCUCUUAAUUAAAAACACCAUUGGAGGCAGGUGCUCUAAUUUAAUCCCUAAAACAGUCAAGGGUUGUCGCCUCUGGCUCGUCUCAACCUCUCCACACACAUGGUGGAAUCCGCCGACGAGGGAAUGCAUAAAUUGUUGCCAAAAGUCAGUGACUAUGGGAGGGUUACUGUUUCGGGAUAUGACAUUAGGCUGACUCCUCGUGCUGAUGUCGAGAGGGCGUUGAGAGAACAUUUCACUUCAUGUGGAGAGAUCACGGAUAAAGGGUUAUAUAUAUUUUCUGGGAGAAGGCGCAGCCGAUAAGGCCAUGCAACUUAAUGGAAGUGAUGUGGGAGGAUGGAAUGUCUCUGUUGAGCCUUUACCGUUUCCCAAAAAUGCAAACGAUCAGGUUGUGCUAAGAGUUGAAGGAUAUGACACUUCCCUGAGUAAGAUUGAUAUCCAGAGCGCGUUGAGUAACCUUAUCUCUUCAUAUGGACAAGAUCCGUAACCUCUUUGUUCGCGAGGGGAGGUGCUAUGCACAGGCUAAUAUUGAAGGAAAAGACAUUGCUGAUAAGGUGCUUGAACUUAAUGGGAGCGUCAUGGGAGGACGCAAAUUAUCUGUUCAGGUGCUUUGUAGACCGAGAAUAAACACUACCCACAUGCGCCGCCACUACCAGUGGCCACUACCUGGUCUCCCACCGUAUCCCGACAGCUCUACCAGUGAUGCAUCCAUUCUAGAAAUCAGGAGUGAAAGCUCCAAGACUCCAGAUAAACCUGUUGAGAAGAAAAGGAAGUUAAGUAAGGAAGAGGCUACAGCUACAUUAAAGAGUAAGACAAUUCCUACUUUAGUUGAGAAGCAAACACCUGAUCUAGCUGGGCUCGUUGUUUACGAUAUAUGCAUGGGCCACGGCAAGAAAGCUGAUCCUGGAAAAUGGGUUACUGUCCACUAUACUGCAAAGCUUCAUGAAAAUGGGAGGAUUUACUAUUCCACCUGUGGAGGGUAUCCUCAUAAGUUUCGUGUAGGUCUUGGACAUGUCUUUCCGGGAUUGGAUUAUGGCAUUCUUGGCAUGCGUGUUGGUGGCAAAAGAAAGCUUACAAUCCCUCCAGCAUUGGGACAUGGUGUGGAACGUUUUCGUGACACUAUUACUCCUGAAGCCUGGCUGGUGUUUGAAGUUGAACUUCUUAGUUUAAAAUAAAUAAAUAAAUAAAACUUCCUUUGAAUUAAUACAUGCAUAAUUAAGUUUUGUUUGGUGUGUUCUAGCUUUUAUUGUUUUCGACCGGCCUUUUGUGUACCCUAGCAAAUUGUUAUCUUGACUUUUACUACUCGUA